AUGGCAAUGGUGGACGUCCAGGCUCCCUUUCUUGAGGACAAGGAUGAGCCGCUCGCCGGCGUCUGCGACUUCCGCGGCCGCGCCGUCUACCGUUCCACCUCCGGCGGGUGGCGCUCCGCCCUCUUCCUCGUCGUGCUGGAGGUCGCUGUCAUCAUCGCCUACUACGGCGUGUCGGCGAACCUGAUCACGUACCUGACGGGGCCGCUCGGCUACUCCAACGCGGCGGCGGCCACGGCGGUGAACGUCUGGACGGGGACGGCCAGGCUCAUGCCGCUGCUGGGUGCCUUCGUUGCCGACUCCUGGCUGGGCCGGUACCGCUCCAUCAUCCUCGCCAACACCCUCUAUGUCCUGGGCUUUGGCAUGAUUACUGUAGCAUCCACACUAUUGUCUCAGGGAUCGUCAACAACCAUCGACAAAAAAUCAUCAUCUCGCAAUUUUUCGCUGCAAGUCUCCUUCUUCUAUGCCUCUCUCUAUCUCAUCGCCCUCGCGCAGGGUGCUGGCAAGCCUUGUGGACUUGCCUUUGCAGCGGAUCAAUUCGAUCCCAACCACCCUAGGGAGUUCAACGCACGGAGAUCCUUCUUCAACUGGUGGCACUUCUCCAUAGCUAUUGGGAUCACUUUUGCCGUCAUCGUUGUUAGCUACAUCCAAGAGAAUCUUGGUUGGGGAAUUGGGUUUGGCGCGCUCUGCGCCGUCAUGAUUUGUGCCUUUGGCGUAUUUCUCCUUGGCAGUCCCAUGUACCGCCUCCACACACCUAUCAUUGGCUCUAACAACCCUUUUGCUCGGUUAGGUCAUGCCGCAACAAACUUCGAGGAGGCGCGUUGCGUGCUACAGUUACUGCCGAUAUGGGUGGCAUGCCUAGCUUAUGGUGUGGUGAUCGCGCAGAUCAUGACACUUUUUAACAAGCAAGGCCGCACCCUAGAUCGUCAUAUUGGUGGCCUAGAGCUACCGCCAGCUGCAUUGCAGGCAUUCUGGCCAGCAGCCGGCUUGCUGUUCGUGCCCAUCUAUGAUCGUGUUCUUGUGCCAGCACUGCGUUGCACGACGGGCACCCCGUCAGGGUUGACGUUGCUGCAACGAGUAGGUACGGGAAUGGUUGUGUCGCUUGUUGCCAUGUGUGUUGCGGCAUUGGUAGAGACACGAAGGUUGGAGAUGGCACGGGAGUACAACCUUAUUGACAACACGAGGGCGACAAUACCGAUGAGCUGGGCAUGGUUGGUUCCGCAGUAUGUGAUGCUCGGGGUAGCCGACGUGUUUGUGUUAGUCGGGAUGCAAGAGUUCUUUUAUGACCAGAUGCCUAUAGAGCUUCGUAGCCUUGGUAUAGCGCUCUUCUAUAGCGUGAUGGGCGUCGGAGGCUUUAUCAGCGGCGCUCUCAUAUCACUCAUUGACCACAUCACUUGUAGCGGUGGCGGUGAAAGUUGGUUCUCUGACAACCUCAAUCAUGCGCACCUUGACUACUUCUACUGGUUGCUCGCUGGUCUAAGCACCGCCGAGCUUGCGUUCUACGUCUAUGUCACCAAAACUUACGUCUACAAGGAAAAGAGAGACAGUUGA